UGUGCCGUCAAAAAGUACUUACUUUUACGGCAGUCAGCUAAAGCUACAGACGCGAAUACUUCAAAAUGAGUGGAAGAGGCAAAACGGGUGGUAAAGCCAGAGCCAAGGCUAAGACUCGCUCAUCCAGGGCAGGUUUGCAGUUCCCCGUCGGCCGUGUUCACAGGCUUCUGCGCAAAGGCAAUUACGCCGAGCGCGUCGGUGCUGGUGCUCCUGUUUAUCUGGCGGCUGUGCUCGAGUAUCUUACCGCUGAGAUCCUGGAGUUGGCUGGAAAUGCCGCUCGGGACAACAAGAAGACCCGCAUCAUCCCCCGUCAUCUGCAGCUGGCGGUGCGCAACGACGAAGAGUUGAACAAACUUCUGGGCGGAGUGACCAUCGCUCAGGGCGGCGUGCUGCCCAACAUCCAGGCUGUGCUGCUGCCCAAGAAAACCGACAAGCCGGCCAAGGCCAAGUAAAUGAAUUGCGGUUUGAUAACUACCCAAAACACCCAAAGGCUCUUUUCAGAGCCACCUAUUUUCUCCUUUACAAGAGCGAGUUGAAUGAUC